AUGUUAAUUGGAGUGGACGUUGGAGGAACCAACACUGACUCAGUGCUUAUUGAUCCGACCAAGAUUGGAUUGGAAUCCCAUGGUGUGCUAGCGUGGAAUAAGAUGGUCACCUCGGUUGAGGUCUCAGAUAGCAUUGAGAAAGGUAUAUCUAAGCUAUUUGAAGAGUGUAAAGACGUUAAUAAGAAAGACGUGGCCUCGGUGACUAUUGGAACCACCCAUUUCAUUAAUGCAGUUGUGGAGCAGGACCGAGCUCGUCUAGAUAGAGUCGCAGUCCUCAGACUUUGUGGACCGUACUCGAGACACGUCUAUCCGUUCUCGGACUUUCCUCCUGGACUGACCUCGGUGAUCAGAGGCUAUAUUGGAUAUCUUAAUGGUGGAUUCCACGUUGAUGGAAACGAAAUCCAGCCCGUCAGCGAAAAGGAAGUGCUUGAACACGUCCGUAAGGCCAAGGAUCUGGGUAUCACGUCUUUUGCAGUGAUUGGGAUCUUUUCCCAUAUGAAGCCAGAGCACGAGGAUUUCGUCAGAGACAUCAUUCUCAAAGAGAUUCCAAGUGCCAAGGUGAGUGUUUCUCACCGUGUUUCAGGAAUCGGGUUCCUCGAAAGAGAGAACGCUACGAUUCUGAAUGCUUCCAUUCUGCAUUUCGCAGAAAAGAUCAUUUCUUCCUUUGCCAAUGCUAUCAAACGGCUUGGUCUCAGCUGUCCUGUUUUUCUUACUCAGAACGAUGGAACGGUUCUUUCUGCAGCUGAGGCUCUGAGCUUGCCCAUUCGGACCUUUUCGUCUGGUGCAACCAACUCCAUGAGAGGUGCUUCGUUCUUGGCCAACACUCACGGUAAAAGCGCAAUUGUUCUGGACGUGGGUGGAACCACCACGGAUGUUGGUCUGCUACUGUCCACUGGGUUCCCACGCCAAUCGUCCUCGUACUCGAUUGUUGGUGGUGUGAAGAUGAACUUCUCCAUGCCUCACGUGGAGAGUAUUGGACUCGGCGGAGGCUCUUUGGUGAGAGGAGAAGGCGAAGAGAUGACCAUCGGACCGGACUCCACUGGAUCGGAGAUCGUCAAAAGAGCACUGGUGUUUGGAGGCUCUGAGGUCACUGCUACCGACUGUUCUGUGGCAGCGGACCAGCAGCUUGGCGGCGACUUGGUGAUCGGUAAUGCUCUUGCUGUUAAGGAUAAGUUCAGUGCAGAAUAUUUGGCCAGCUUCAAGAAGAGAACCAAGAUCAUGAUGGAGAAGGUGAUUGACAGAAUGAAGACCAGCUCAGACGACAUUAUGGUUCUGGCUGUGGGUGGUGGAUCGUUCAUUGUUCCAGAACAUCUUGACGGUGCUUCUGAGGUGAUCAGACCGCCAUUCCACAGCGUUGCCAACGCAAUUGGAGCUGCAAUGGGUAAGGUUUCUGCCGAGAUUGGUGAGAUCAAGCAUCUGGCUCCUGGAACUACCACCAAGGAACAGGUGCUCAAGGAACUGGAGGAAAAGGUUGUCAGCCAGAUCAUGGAAAAGGGUGCUCUGGAAGGAACCAUCGAGACUGUGUUUGUGUCCACAGACGCUGUUCCGUAUGUUCCAAACACGUACGAGUUUGUGAUCAAGAUUGUUGCCGACGUGGACUACUCCAAGGUUCAGAAGUUUACGUUCGAGGCAAAGGAUUUUGAGUCUGGAACCAAGGAUAUUGUCAAGAAGUCUCUUUUCGAGGAAACGGAGACCAAGAUCCCUGAAGACGUGGACUUCACUACGUACAAGCCAACCAUCAACAAGCAGAGAGAAUGGCUCCUGAAUGAGACAGACGUUGAGUUCAUCUCCAUCGGAGCCUACAUUUUGGGCUGUGGUGGUGGAGGUAACCCUUACUCCUACAUGCUGGAGGUGAAGAACUACUUGAGAGAAGGAGAUACCAUUAAGGUUAUUGAUCUCGAAGAUGCUCACAAGUACGUGGCCGCCGAGGGCAGUGUUGUUGCCGUCUGCUACGCGGGAUCGCCAACGGUUUCUCACGAGCAGCUUCUUGGAGACGCUCUUAUCGAGGCGUACGAGAUUAUGGCCAAGUACACCAACAAGAAGCCGGAGCUGCUGUUCCCAAUUGAGAUCGGUGGAGGCAAUGGAUUGUGUGCUUUCCAGAUCUCCACCUCCUCGAGACUGAAUCUGCCUGUGGUUGAUUGUGACACUAUGGGCAGAGCUUAUCCGACCCAUUGGCAAACGACUCCUGUGGUGUACACUCCAGAAGGCCAGUCGUUUUAUGCUCCAAUGGUGUUCAGUAACGGAAACGGAAACUCGGUGAUCAUGUCGUCGUCCAGAUCGGACUUGUUGCUUGAAAAGGUGAUGAGAGCUUCUCUGGCAGAGCUAGGAUCCAAGGUCGGAACCGUCAACCCACCAAUGACCAUCAAGGACGUCGAGGAAAAGACCAUUCACGGGUCUUUGUCUCUGGCUUGGAGAAUCGGCAGAGCCGUCAAGAUUGCUCGCCAAAAAGCAGAGAUCGACAAGCUGCCUCAGAGAAUUCUCGAGUCCGUCAACAACAGCGGAAAGUACCUGUUUGCGGGCAAGAUCAUCGAUGUUGAGCGGAAACUGUUCAAGGGCCAUGCUUGGGGAGAAGUAGUUAUCCAGGAAACUGAGGAACCAAGACGAAAGAUGACCAUUCCGUUCAAGAACGAGAAUAUCUACUGCAAAGUGUCCAACGCGGAUGGAACAGCAGAGGAGAUUGUCUGCUCUGUUCCCGACCUGAUUGCCGUUGUGGAUGCUUCCACCGGUGACGCUGUGGGAACCAGUGACUACCGCUACGGACUGUUGGUGUUUGUUCUGGGAAUUGCUCCAAGUAACAAAUGGACAGACACAGAGAAAGGUAUCCGGAUCGGAGGUCCUGCUGGGUUCGAUCUCGACUUCGAGUACAAGCCAAUCAGCAAGUACGAGAAGCCGCUUUCUGUGAUUGGAGAAUACGCCGUCUAG